AUGACCCUCAAAGGCGGCACCACCCAAGCAUGCGCUGCCUGCAAAUACCAACGAAAAAGAUGCACCCCUGAGUGCCCACUUGCCCCCCACUUCCGCCCUGAACACACCGAGAUCUUCAAAAACGCACACAAACUAUUCGGUGUCAAAAACAUCCUUAAAGUCCUCGAUCAAAUCGACCCUUCUCAAAAAACCGAAGCCAUGCGUUCCAUGAUCUACCAAGCCAACAUGCGCGACCGCUUCCCCGUUCACGGUUGUUACGGGAUCGUCAUUCAGCUUCAGAUUCAAAUUCGCCAGGCCGAGAAAGAGCUAUACGCUGUUUUAUCGCAGCUCGAGUUUUAUAAAAACCAGAGACCACAACAUGAGAUCGUGUUGUCGCCUCUCGACUCCCCCGAGUCGCAACGGUUGCAACUCGGAAUGGGAGUCGAACAACCGGGCAGUGCCGCCGCAACCACGGCGGCACUUACCCUUUUUCAACACGAAGGUGUUGGUGGUGAUGAUAGCCACCAGCAACCGCAACAACAACCAUUUGUUCUGACAUCGGGGUUACCGAUUCCGUAUAGUGGAAACGGAAAUGGGCAUGAUGGGUAUAAUAAUAAUUCUGGGAUUCAUAUGGAUUUGAAGGAGAAUAUGAAUUUUGUUUGGGGUCAACAAACGUAUUGUAAUGAGAAUGAGAAUAAGAAUGAUGAUGGUGGAAAAGGUGUAGUGUCUACGUUGCAGUCUGAAUUGGUUAAUAGCACACAGCAGUUGACUAUUCAAGAUGAAGUGACUCAUGACUAUGAUGAAAUCUAUCCGUUUUUUGAUACUAUCGAUGACACUCAAUCGUAUAUGGAUUCUAAGGAGGCUAAUGACUCAAGGUAUAUAUCCGGAAUCAUCGCCUAA